CGCCUCCCCAGCAGGUAAGCUGCGAGCCCUCGUCGUCGUCAGGCGUCGUGGUGAACUGGCUGCCUCCGCCCGAGCAUCUCGCCAACGGCGUCAUCAUUACCUAUCGACUCACGUAUUCACCUACUUCCGACCCACUGACAGCAAUCAGUGACGGAAGUUUUGGCGCAGGGCUCCAUGCAUUUUCAGGCUCAACAAGGGAUUUAUUGAGCCGUGUCUCAGGAAGCACUCCUACAUCUGGUUUGCAAUCAGCAGGCAUGGUGGUCGUUGUGGUUGAAGGCUUGUCCACGAAACUCUCCAACUUGCGGCCGUACACGCGCUACAGCGUCGUCGUGACGGCCGCUACAGUCGUCGGCGAGAGCAACGCUAGCCAGCCUGUGUUCUGCACCACCAUGGAAGACAGACCGUCAUCACCGAGCGGCGUGAAGGCUGUUGUGGCAGGGCCCACAAGUGUGAUGGCGUCCUGGCGUCCACCACAACAUCGUAACGGACGAAUAACGCACUACAGCGUCCACUGGACCCAUGUGGGGUCACCUCAGGACCAGAACCUCAGAAAUGUUGAUCCCAAUACCCAACACAUCCUCCUUGAAAACCUUCCGCCUGGUAGCAUCGAGGUGUGGGUUGCUGCUCACACCGGCGCAGGGCGUGGCAGGGACAGUGCCAGGCUCAUCGUCACCCCCACACAGAAAGUGAAGGCGGGGGUGUGGUCUGUGGGAGGUCCCCUGACGGUCGCCUGGAAGCAGGACGUGACGCUCGCCUGCAGGACCGUUGGUGAUCAGCCUGUGCGCCGCGCCUGGUCCUAUGAAGACUCCAGCCUACCAGAAGACAGCCGUCUGAGUUUGGCUACGGACGGCGGCGUACGGCUGCUGGACGCGCAGCGCAGCCACAGCGGCCGCUACACCUGCACCGCCACCAACACCCACGGCAGCGACAGUCAUCAGUGAGUGAUGGUGUACUGGGUCACCUACCACCUCAGAGUCAUCAUGCCGCCUUCACCACCCCUGCUGCACGUUACGGAGACGACAGCGUCCUCUGUGCGCCUCCAGUGGACGGUGGCCGACGACGGAGGGGCGCCCGUCCUAGGCGCCACGCUCUAUUAUCGGUCUGCCGGUGGAGAAACUCUGGAAAUGAAUAUGUCAACCAACAGUCACACGGUCACUGGUCUCAAAUGCGGCAGCUUAUAUCACUUUUUCUCUACAGUGCGGAACAUCAUCGGCAGCAGUGAGUCAUCAGAGGUGGUGGAGGCACGCACGAAGGGCCGCGAAAAACGAGUCAACAUCGCUGCCGGCUGA